AUGUCUGAGAAGCUCGUGGUCCACUACCGCGAUUCUCAGGAUAUUCACGACCUCGUAGACGCAAUACAGCGUUACCUCAAGUGCUGCGGCAUGACGUCACAAAACUUUCGUGACUGGAACGACAACAUUUACUUCCACUGUGACGCGUCGAACCCGAGCCAUGAACGGUGCUCGGUGCCGCCGUCAUGCUGCCGCCCCGAGUCGACUUUCACUGGAACCUUCUGUGGGCGCAGCGUACUGAACUUGUCCGAUCACGAGGCUUGGUUCCGCGUUCACACGGGAAGCUGCCCUGACGCGACAAACCGCUACGUGAAGGAGCACGUCAUGAUCAUCGGGGGUGUCUGCCUCGUCGCUGUCAUUGUUCUGGCCUUCAUAGACAUGGUCACUAACGCCGUAAUUGACGAGAUCGACAUCAUUCGCAAGAUAUAUGACCAUAUCAACG